CUCCACCACCACCUCCAACAACUCCACCACCACCUCCAACAACUCCACCACCACCUCCAACAACUCCACCACCACCUCCAACAACUCCACCACCACCACCACCUCCAAUGUCCCAAGUUGUAAUCAGUGAGAUCAGUUUAGAGACCAGACUCCCUGACCCGCCCUCUCUGACUCCAACUCAGACUCUACUCUCCAUACCGAACAGGUCAGUCCUGACUCCAACCCGGACUCUCCUCUCCAUACCUAACAGGAGUGUGACCAAGGGCCUGUGUUCGUACUGCUGUAAACCGAUGGUGGCUGGAGCCAACAUGAUCCUGGAGGAUCUACAGAUCUACAGCCACUCAUCCUGCUUCAAGUGUGAGGUGUGCCAUUGUCCUCUAGGAGACCUCCAUGUAGGAGACAGUAUGUGGCUCCACAGAGGGACAGUGCACUGUGAAGGCUGCUUCAGCACAGCCAGAGAGAAGUAUCUCCUCUAGGGAAGGAUGACAGAACGCUCACGUCUCCACGGUAACACAGACAGAACACAGAGACUCCGCUUCAGAAGUCGGAAAAGGACACAUGGCUUUUACAUGGGUGGAUCUGGCGGUUGACGCAACAGUAAAUGACAUUUUAUAAUGUAAUCUGGAUCUAUAAUCUUCACGACAUCUCUUGCAAAUGAUUGUCACAUAUAGAAUCAGAUUCAAUGCCCUGGUUGGAUUCUUCAUGUACUUCUCUAUGUAUCUAUUUUCACGUAAUAUGUACUUCUCUAUGUAUCUAUUUUCACGUAAUAUGUACUUCUCUAUGUAUCUAUUUUCACGUAAUAUGUACUUCUCUAUGUAUCUAUUUUCA